ACCACCAUGUCGGUACAUGUGGUUUACAGUAAAUCUUAUGGAGUUCAAUACAAAGCUUCUAUUUGUUCUAAAGCAUUUAUUCUGUAUGUAGUGAUAAUGCUGUUGACAUUUUUCUUGCCAUUUUUGUUUUGUUAUCGAAGCAAUGGAUUGUGGCUCAAGUAUGAAAAAUAUAGAGAACAGCCCAGAGUAAGAUUUAAAAUGCAGUAUUUAUUAUAUGUUGAAACAUCAGACCCUAUGUUUCCGUUAAUAUGUGGGAACUUUCCACAGACAUUAAAAACUACUGGUUUUUGUUCAAUCAUAAAGGUUAUAGAAAAUGAUAUUGACAUUGACGGGAAAAAAGAAUUUCUUGACUUGGAGUUACAUUUGACUACAAAUGAAACUUUAGAUGUGCAUUCUGUAACUUUAUUGUUGAUAUUCGAUUUCAAAAUUCAGGAUUUGUGUUUAUUUGAAAUGGAAUCUAUGAUUGCUAUUACUCAUAGUUCUGGAUUACCGGGUGGCAGACUGGACGUAUUUGGCGAUUUAGAUUUGGUGCAGAAAAUACCAUUAGUUUGUUCACAGAAAAAACCGAUUCGCAUUCACAAACCUAUACUGUUAUUCGAAUCUUCUGAUUGGCUGGUGAAUAUAUACGAAAAAUAUUCAAAACAAACCAUAUCUACAAAACUUGAUAAUAUGUUGGUCAAGUGGACAAGAGGUAGAUCUUAUCAACAACCAUUUUUGAUUAAAACAAAAAUAAAUUACAAACAGGUUGAGAUUUUGUAUAAACCGAAAUUUUGGCAAGUUAUGAAAUGGGCAUGGAUACAAUACUUUUCAAUACUUGUUUUAUCAGUAUUUAUAUUUAAAAAAGUGAAGCGAUUUUUAUUUACAAAACAUAUUGUUAAUACUAAAAUUGAGCGUUCAAUAUAGAGUGAUUCGGAUUAAUAAUCGUAAUGAAAAA